UGGAUGCCAAAAGGCAAAAUAUUGUAAAUUUUGACAAAUAAAAUGCCAAAAACUUCAUGUUAAACUUCAGAUCAAGUUUUAAAGAUACUGUGAUAUGUUGCAGAUGACUUUAGUGAACCUUUGAAGCUCUCUAUUUUAGGAUGAUGAAGACCAUCAGAUGGAAAUGUCGCUCUGUGCUAAAGCUGAUGAUCUUCGUCAUUUUGGUUGGACUUGUCAUUUAUGGACUACAUAGUCUAAACAAGGCUGUCAAGAAGAUGCAGUGUUCGGAUGAACUCUCAAGGGAUAUGUUAGAUGCCUUAUGUAAACUCUAUGAGAAGAACAAAGUUGGAGGAAACCUGUGUGACGACAUCUGCAAAACUGGAAGCAUCAAGUUAAAAAAAUGUCUAAACUAUCGUGGAGGGAAGAAGAUCUUUUUAGCUACUUGGAAUAUGAAAACAAUUAUUCUGAAAUCUAAAAAAGGAUAUCUGAGGGACUACGAUCCAAUCUGGUAUCAAGACCCCAACAAGCCGAACCACAUUUACCCUUCUGUGGAGGAAUUCGCCAUGACAAUACGUACCACAAUCCAAGACCGUAUCAGUAUCAAACUGCCUGGACGUUUAGAUGUCAAAAUGUUGGUGAAUCAAAUGUGGUCUGUUGGUUAUGAUGAGUAUUUCAAUAAUCCAUUCCAGAAAAAUCCCAGGGAGUCUGGGUUGGACAGUAUAUAUAGCCUUCUUCAGCAAGACGAAUACCUGAUGAUGAAACAUUUUCAAGGCUCGCAAUUCUUCCCUGACAUAUACGGAACUUGUGGACACUUUUAUGCCAUGGAAUUUGUUCCUCCUGGUACAGUUCUUGAUCCAGCAAUUUUCAGUUUUAAAGAUGAAUCCACAUGGAACCAACGUCGAAUAAUCGCAUUAAAACUAUUAGACCUUGUGUAUCACUUAGAACACAACUUUCAUCAGCCUCUCCACAUGUGCGAUGUGAAAAAUGAAAAUUUCGGAUUGACUGCUGACGGUGGUGUAAAAGCCAUCGAUGUCGACAUGGCGUAUUUUGAUGAGAAUCUCAAAUUUCUUAUGAACCAAGAAAACUGUACAAAGCAUUCGGACUGUGAUUUCUUUGAUUGUCGAGGAUGGUGUGAUUUCAAAACUGGUUACUGUUCUGAUCGUAGGAUUAAUAAUAAUUUGCAGGCUGUUUGUAGUGAUGUCUUCCAGCAGAAGUUAGGAAAUGCUUUCAAAGGCUUGUUACGCAGACCACCUCGACAGUUAGUAGCCAGAUUCAAUGAGGUGCUGGAGGAAUGUGCCAAUCCGUCCGCAAUUCAGGAAGCGGACAUCCGACUGAAAGCACCAGAUGAAACGUACUGGAAACUGUAUAACCUACUACUGGAAAGCAACGCAGACCUGCUUCCUGUCGAGAAUGGUCAUUUGCAUGAUCAUGAACAUUAACAUUUGUGCUAUAAAAAGACUGAAAUAUGCAUGGUUUAGUAAUUUAUGUUAUCCAUUAGUUUCAUUUGUGUAUUUUUUAUUGAAUAGAUGUACCUUUUUCAGAGAAAUUCACUCCUCAUCACCUGGGCAUAACAGAAAUGUACAGCAUACGCAGGUGAAGGCCUAAAUUAUUGACCCCCUUCCCCUUGAAUGCGUGCACACUUCUUGUAUGGCACUGUGGCUUCUGAUGUUGGCUGUUAUGUAUAAUGACACUUCCAGAUACAUUUGUAUGUUUUUAU